AUGAAGCAAGAGGACCUGGCUGAGCGUCUGCAGAGCAGUACUUUUGCUAAAGUUUGUAAAAAGCGGCUGAAGUCUAAACUGAAGAAGAAGUCCGAGUGUGUGUUUGAGGGGAUUGUUAAAGCAGGAAACCCAACCCUUCUGGAGCAGAUCUACACAGAGCUCUACAUCACAGAGGGAGGGACUGGAGAGGUCAACGAUGAACAUGAAGUCAGACAGAUUGAAGCAGCUUCCAGGAAACCAGACAGAGCAGAAACAACCAUCAGACAGGAAGACAUCUUUAAACUCCCACCUGGAAGAGAUGAACCAAUCAGAACAGUGAUGACAAAGGGAGUGGCCGGCAUCGGGAAAACAGUCCUAACACAGAAGUUCACUCUGGAUUGGACUGAAAGCAGAACCAACCAGGACAUCCAGUUACUGCUUCCAUUCACCUUCAGAGAGCUGAAUACGCUGAAAGACAGGAAGUUCAGCUUGGUGGAACUUGUUCAUCACUUCUUCAGUGAAACCAGAGAAAUGUGCAGCUUUGAAGACUUCCAGGUCAUGUUCAUCUUUGAUGGUCUGGAUGAGAGUCGACUUCCUCUGGACUUCCACAACAAUGAGGUCCUGACUGAUGUUACAGAGUCCACCUCAGUGGAUGUGCUGCUGACAAACCUCAUCAGGGGGAACCUGCAUCCUUCUUCUCGUCUCUGGAUCACCACACGACCAGCAGCAGCCAAUCAGAUCCCUCCUGACUGUGUUGACAUGGUGACGGAGGUCCGAGGGUUCACUGACCCACAGAAGGAGGAAUACUUCAGGAAGAGGUUCAGAGAAGAGGAGCUGACCAGCAGGAUCAUCUCCCACAUCAAAAAAUCACGGAGCCUCCACAUCAUGUGCCACAUCCCAGUCUUCUGCUGGAUUACUGCUACGGUCCUGGAGAAUGUCCUGGAAACCAGAGAGGGAGGGGAGCUGCCCAAGACCCUGACUGAGAUGUACAUCCACUUCCUGGUGGUCCAGGCCAAACUGAAGAAGGUCAAGUAUGACGGAGGAGCUGAGACGGAUCCACACUGGAGUCCAGAGAGCACAAAGAUGGUGGAGUCUCUGGGAAAACUGGCUUUUGAGCAGCUGCAGAAAGGAAACCUGAUCUUCUAUGAACCAGACCUGAGAGAGUGUGGCAUCGAUGUCAGAGAGGCUUCAGUGUACUCAGGAGUGUUCACCCAGAUCUUUAGAGAGGAGAGCAACCUGUACCAGAACCAGGUCUUCUGCUUCAUCCAUCUGAGUGUUCAGGAAUUUCUGGCUGCUCUUCAUGUCCGUCAAACCUUCAUCAAGUCUGGAGUCAACCUGCUGGAGGAACAAAGAAACACCUCCUGGUGGUUUAGAAAAAGAGCCGUGACUGACCUCCAUCUGAGUGCUGUGGACAAGGCCUUAGAUAGUCCCAAUGGACACCUGGACUUGUUCCUCCGCUUCCUCCUGGGUCUUUCACUGGAGACCAAUCAGACUCUCCUACAAGGUCUGUUGGAACUAAAACAAAGAAGUUCACAAAACAAACAGGAAACUAUCAAAUACAUCAAGAAGAAGAUCAGUGAGGACCUUUCUGCAGAGAGAAGCAUCAACCUGUUCCACUGUCUGAAUGAACUGAACGAUGGUUCUCUGGUGGAGGAGGUCCAACGGUCCCUGAGGUCAGGACUUCUCUCCACAGAUGAACUGUCUCCUGCUCAGUGGUCGGCUCUGGUCUUCAUCUUACUGUCAUCAGAAGAUCUGGAGGUGUUUGACCUGAAGAAAUACUCAGCUUCAGAGGAGGUUCUACGGAGGCUGCUGCCAGUGGUCAAAGCC